AUGCAAAAUAAUUUGGAACAAUUUAUUCUUGUUUGUCUUGAUUCUCCAUUAAACCAAUUAUAUGUUUAUCUUGAAGAAUUUCAGCGUCUAAUGAAUUGCGUAAAACAUUUCAAUGAAGUAGAUUCUUGUAUGGAUUACAUUACAAAUAUUACAAAUGAAAAAAUAUUCUGGAUUAUCUUUGUUGAACAUGCUUCAGUGAUACCAUUGAUGUAUCAUUUACGACAGAUCUAUUCCAUUUAUAUUUUCAAUUUCAAUUUAUGUCAAGCAACAACUGAAGAUACUGCCAGUUUUCGAAAAGUUCGCGGUCGAUUCGAAAAAAUGAAUGAAUUAAUGAAGCAAAUAGAAUAUGAUAAAAAGUCUCUUGUGCAAAAUUUGCUAACAAUAAAUAAUUUUCCAAAAUAUACUCUAGGAUCAUCUAGUGCGCUUCAUCAAACGGAUAAUAACAAUCUACAAGAAGCAACAUUCAUGUAUUCUCAAAUAAUACGUGAUGUUUUUAUUCAUGAAACAUACACCGACAAUGAAAAGACUGAAAUGAUUGAAUUUUUUCGAGAACAAUACAAUACAAACAAAGUUGAAUUGGAAAAAAUAGAUAAAUUUGAACGAGAUUGUAUAUCAGAACGUGCUAUCUAUUGGUACACUAUCGAUAGUUUUCUUUAUCGUACAAUUAAUAAAGCUCUACGAACACAGGACAUUAUCACUCUUUAUUAUUUACGGUAUUUUAUCAAAGAUCUUCAUUUAGAACUCAAGAAGUAUCAUACAAAACAACAUUCAAAUUCAGCAGAAAAAACAUUAGUUGUUUAUCGAGGACUCGGAUUACCCAAUGAUGAAUUUGAAAAAUUAAAAAAAGGUUAUUUGAUAUCAUUUAGUGAAUUUUUAUCGACAAGUAGAAAACGAGAGCUAGCAGAAAUUUACGUUCAACAAGGAGUCGAUGAUAUACAAUCGAUUCUUUUUGAAAUCGAGCUAGAUUAUACUAUUCAAACGUCAACUCCAUUUGCUGACAUAUCUGAACAAAGUCAAUUUAAUUUAGAAGAAGAAAUUCUCUUAUCAAUGGGCAGUGUUUUCCGAAUUCAAUCUUUAAAUCGUAUUUCAGAGAAUAUUUGGAAUAUUCGACUGAGUCAAACCUCAGAUGAAGAUCAACAAUUGAAGCAAUUAUAUCAGUGGUUAAAUGCUGCCAUAUUUAAAGUGAAUCAUCUUCAUACAAAAUUAAGUUCUUUGAUGUUAUUUGUGUAUGAUUAUGAAAAAGCUGAAUAUUUCUUAAAGAAAACAAUGGCCCAACCAGGUUAUAGCCAAGAUAUAAGAACUCUUGGUGCGACAUCUUCGAUAUUCGGUGAAAUUUGUUUUCAUCAAAAUAAUUAUGAAAAAGCUGAAAUGUUAUAUCAAACAACAAUUGAAUUAUUUGAAAAAAAUCCAGAAAAAAACGAACCAUCAACUGUACAAAGAUGCUAUACGGGUCUCAGUGAAAUUUAUUUAGAAAAAGCACAAUACAUGAGAGGUACGAAAUGGAUGAUUUUGCGAUAA